GAAAAAUAUAAAAAAGAAAGGAAAAGGAAAAUAAGGGGUCUGGAUUAUAUACUUUUUAUAACACUACCCUAUUCAUCUAAAUGCAUGGUUUGUUUAUUUGUUAAGAGGUUUAUAGUAUCAGCUAGCUAGCUUAGAUCUGGUGUCAGAACAAGGGAAUCUUCUACUCCUUCCAUGAAAAAGAUCUCUUUUCUCAGCAUAAUCACUCACAAAACUCCUCUUCCAACAACAACAAAAAAACAUAUGAUGGGGUUUUCUUCAUAUUUCAAACUAACUUCUUCAGAGGAUGUUGGUUCUUCUUUUCUCUGAUAACUAUAAUAGUAGGAAUAUAUAAAAGGGUGAAGAUGGGAAGAGGAAAGAUAGAGAUAAAGAGGAUCGAGAACACCACGAAUCGUCAGGUUACGUUUUGCAAGCGCAGGAAUGGGCUGCUGAAGAAAGCAUACGAGCUGUCAGUCCUUUGUGAUGCAGAAGUUGCUCUUAUCGUCUUCUCCACCCGUGGCCGCCUCUACGAGUACUCCAACAACAACAUAAGAUCAACAAUAGAGAGGUACAAGAAGGCAUGUUCCGGUACCUCAAACACAAAUACCGUCACGGAAAUCAAUGCUCAGUAUUAUCAACAAGAAUCAGCCAAGUUGAGGCAGCAGAUUCAAAUGCUACAGAAUUCUAGCAGGCAUCUAAUGGGAGAUUCGUUGAGUUCCUUGACAGUGAAGGAGUUAAAGCAGCUAGAGAAUAGACUUGAACGAGGGAUUACUAGAAUCAGAUCAAAGAAGCACGAAAUGCUGCUAGCUGAAAUUGAAUAUUUUCAGAAAAGGGAAGUUGAGCUGGAAAAUGAAAGUGUAUGUCUCCGAGCUAAGAUUGCAGAGAUAGAGAGGGUUGAGGAAGCAAACAUGGUAACAGGAGCAGAGCUGAAUGCUAUUCAAGCCUUGGCAUCUCGCAAUUUCUUCACUCCAAAUGUGAUUGAGAGAGGAACUCCCACUCCCUACUCCCACCAUGACAAGAAGAUUCUCCAUCUUGGGUAGAGAGAGUUGGAGAGAACAAAUCUGAAAAGGGUGUUGUGAUAUUAUGAGAUUAAAUAAGGAUGCAUUUCAACCAUAUGUACUCUACAUAUAUUAUGAAGCUGUCAUGUAAUUUGUUACUUGUUUUGUUCUGUUAUAUUGUCUGAAAACCUAUACUAGUGUAACGUGUUUAAUUUUUGUGUUAAACUGAUUUUUUAUAUAAUACUUAAAAUAAUUCAUAA